UUUUUCACGUCUCGUUUUCACGAGUGCUAUAUUCUUACAUGUGGCCGGGUGGGAUAACUUUUAAAAUUUUAAUAUAUUAAAUUUUGCCUCUUUUACACCUGGAAACUAUUAGUUAAGCUAAUUGCAAAUUAGAAUUACACAUAUCAGAAGUGUGCUAAAUGGACAAGCUAGGACUCCCUGGACCUCCAGGCCUUGGGCUGGCCCAGGAUGAAGAGCUGUGUUAUUGUGGGAAAGGUCGAAAUUUGGGCUCAGUAGAACUGCAGUGCCAGUCCUGUUCAAAAUGGUAUCAUGCUGACUGUACAAGUUGCUAUAUUGGAACCUGCAUUCCAUUCAUGUGUAACUACAUAUACCAGUGUAAACAGUGUAACCCAAAUGGUCUGGAGAGCUUCCAGAAAAAACAAGCCAGUUUCCAGCAGAUAUGCUACACAACAUUAGCCAACUUAACAUAUAUAUCAAAAGUUAGAGAUGAGAACAGAGUGAUGUUCUCUAGAGACAAGGAGAUUAUACCGUUCAUAGAGAAGCACUGGGAGAAUAUGACGACCAUGCCUCGUAGGAUCAAAUUGACAUGGCAUAAUACAGUUCACAAAACUCUGGCUAAGGAGACAGAUAUUUUCUUUGGUAAUGAGACAGCUGCAGGAGAUAUACAGUUUGGACUUCUCAACUCAGAUUUAUACAAGGUGACUCCAGCAUUUGAGAUUCUAACUAAAGGGAAUACACAGAUACAGGCCAGUCAGAAACCUGGAGUACCAGUUGACAAGGGUUUGAGGGGUCAGAAAAGAAAGGCCAAUCAAGAAUUUUUGCAGCUUGGUACUAAUACUAAAGCAAAGAAAGGAGAAGUUGUAAACAUUGCUAGACUUGCACCCCAUGGCUACCCAACUGAGCAUCCAUUCAACAAGGAUGGUUACCGCUACAUCCUGGCUGAACCGGAUCCUCAUGCUCCUAACAGACAAGCCUAUGAUGAAAGUAUAGAGUGGGCUGGCAAGCCUAUCCCUGGAUAUCUUUACAGAACUUUUCUUGGUUCAGAGGUCCUUCUAGCUCUUCAUGAUAGAGCGCCCCAGUUGAAGAUUUCUGACGAUCGUCUGUCUGUUACAGGGGAGAAAGGAUACAGUAUGAUCAGAGCUACACAUGGUGUACGGAGAGGAUCUUGGUAUUUUGAAGUGAAGAUAGAUGAGAUGCCUGAAAAUACAGCUACUAGGAUUGGAUGGGCCCAACAGCUAGCUAAUUUACAAGCGCCAUGUGGCUAUGACAAGUUCAGUUACUCUUGGAGAUCACGGAAGGGCUCUAAGUGUCACCAGAGUUAUGUCAAACAAUACAGUCUGGCCUUCAAGGAAGGCGAUGUCCUCGGCUUCCACAUUUAUCUUCCAGAACCCUCAGAUCCUAACCAUCUUCUUCCGGAUACACAUAAAGAUAAGCCCCUGGUAAAGUUCAAGAAUCACCUGUAUUAUGAGGAGAAGGACCAUUUGGCAGAAGCUGAAAGAAAUUUGAAAACAUCUCCAGGAAGUAAGAUUGGCUUUUACCUGAAUGGAAAAUUUCAAGGUGUGGCAUAUGAGGAUAUCUUUGAAGGCACAUAUUACCCUGCAAUCUCACUGUAUAAACAUGCUAAGGCUACUAUGAACUUUGGUCCAACAUUUAAAUGUGUUCCAGACAAGUUGCAAGAAUACCAGCCUAUGUCUGAGACAGCCAUGCUAUCGAUGGUGGAGAAUACCCUUUCUGACACCCUUUUUCAUAUCGAGAACGAAGGAAAACUACCCGACUUCCAAAAUUGAAGGGACCAUUGUUUGUGAAAAGAAUAAAUUAGGCCAAUACAUGUCUGAUGAAAAGUAUCAACAUGCAGCAGAUUAUAAAAGUCAUGUGACUAAAGGAAACAUUUAUACAAGACUGAAAAAUUGCUGGUUUUGCAAAAAGAAAAAUGAAAGAAAGAAAUUAGGCAUGUUAAAGAAAGAAACUAAAUUAAAUUUUGUUAAAGAAAAUGAUUAAAUCUGACAUUCCUGCUGACAGGAUUUCAUGCUAAAUUCUAUUGUAAGAAAUUUGCAUGUGUUCCUCUUAAAACUUAUGCAGAAUUCAGAGGGAUAGGGUUUGGCGAGGGCAGCAAGAUAUCCUGAGGGAUUCUGUAGAUGCUAUGAUAGGAAACAAACAUAAAAUGAAUGAAAAACUAAAUUAAAUGAAUGUCAUGUCAUUAAAUGCUCAUUUCCAUGUAAACAUGUUUUAUGUGUUAUAGAGCUGUUACUUUAACAGUUUGUUGUGAAACUUGCUUUAUAUAAUAAGGUGUUUUAACAGCAUGUGAUGUCUUGUAAAGACAAGUUUACACCCCUUGAAAAUGAUGGUAACAACUGCUUUUUGCUAGAAUGAACUUUUAUGUACUUUAUUAAAUGUGAUUAUAUCACCAAACUGGUAGUGGUGUUAGUAUAGUAAUGGCUAUAUUGAAAAACUUUCAUUUGCCAACACUCCAUUUUAUGAUGUCAUUUGUACUAGAUGUAUAUAAAUAUUAAUGAAAGACAGGGUUGUGAGUAAGACCCAGAGAACUUGAAUUUAUUGGAUUGUUUUUUUUUGGUCAUUGAUGGUCUAUCUGUUGAUGGACCAUUUCCACAGCAGUUGCUUUGUGGAAUCAGUGGCCUCCAGUUUGAUAAGAUGCAGCAAAUGAAAUCCAUCCAUACAGGUCACUGCUUCUUGUUCUGCUGUUUGCUUACCUUUAGACCGAGAAUAAGUGGACAUGUCUGUACUUUGCUGGACAAAAACUCUUCAUUUGCUGCUAUAAGUAUCAGCAACUUAACUCUUACAGUAGGCCCAUCUUUAACCUUUAGCCUGCUGGCAGCAAGUGGUUUUGCCUUUGCAAUCAGUGCAGACCAAGAUCAGCCUGUCCGUCCACACAGUUCACUAUUCAGUCAGUAAAUAUUCAAUGAACAUCCCUUUGAAUCAUAAAAAGUACUGCCCAAAUUGAAUGAUGGGCCAGUCCAUUUGAAUAAUUUAGCAGGUUAAAGACCAUCUCUGAACAGAGACCACCUGGCUCUAAAGACUGCUGAAAUUGUUUCCUAUUGUAACAUUUACAUUGUAUUAUAACCUGAAAAAAAAAGACAAUCUGCCAUUAAAGACCACUUUCUCAAGGACAAUGUUUAUAGAAAAAUUUGACUGGAGUUUCAUUUUUUGAUGCUUAUUGUUUUGAAAAUACUUGAAGGUUAAUUUGAGAAACAUCAUAAUAAUGUCUUCUUUUGUGAAAAAGUAACGUUCUUUAAAACAGUAAGAUUGGGCAUUGGAUGUCUCACUUGAUACAACAGAGUCUCCAUAGAAAUAUACAUUAUUUGAGCCGCACCAUGGGAAAACCAACAUAGUGGCUUUGCGACCAGCAUGGAUCUAGACCAGCCUUCGCAUCUGUGCAGUCUGGUCAGGAUCCAUGCUGUUCGCUUUUAAAGCCUACUGCAAUUUGAGAAACUGUUAGUGAACAGCAUGGAUCCUGACCAGACUGCGCGGAUGCGCAGGCUGGUCUGGAUCCAUGCUGGUCACAAAGCCACUAUGUUGGUUUUCUCAUGGCGCGGCUCAUUUUUUGACCCCCACAAAGUGAAAUUAAGGAGUGGGUAACCUGCAGCCACUAUGUCAGUGUGUCUGUCUGUGAAACUGUGAAAACAGUGGGUUCUUUUCCUAGGUGUGUAUUAGUAAGAUACAGGUUAAGGAUGAUUUUGGGUAGAAUCCACUGAAUUUUGCCACAGCAUGGCCCCUUUUUUAGCUCACCAGAGCCAAAGGCUUAGGGUGAGCUAUUAGGAUCAGUCACUGUCCGGCGUCCGUAAACUUUUACUUUAAAAAACAUCUCCUCAUAAACCACUCGGCCAAUUUCAUCCAAACUUCACGGGAAUGUUCCUUGGGUGAAGCUCUACAAAAAUUAUUCAAAGAAUUGAAUUCCAUGCAGAACUCUGGUUGCCAAGGCAACAGAAAGGAAAAACUUUAAAAAUCUUCUUCUCAAAAACCAGAAGCCCUAGAGCUUAGAUAUUUGGUGUGAAGCAUUGCCUAGUGGACCCUUACCAAAUUUGUUCAAAUCAUGACCCCGGGUUCAAAAUUGACCCCGCCCCAGGGGUCACUUGAUUUUACAUAGGAAAAUCUUUAAAAAAAUCUUCUUCUCAAAAACCAGAAGCCCUGGAGCUUAGAUAUUUGACAUGUAGCAUUGCCUAGUGGACCUCUACUAAAGUUGUUCAAAUCUUGAGCCCGGAGUCAAAACUGACCCCGCCCCAGGGGUCACUUGAUUUUACAUAGGAAAAUCUUCAAAAAAUUUCUAAAAAUAAACCAGAAGGCCUAGAGCGUAGAUAUUUCACAUGUAGCAUUGCCUAGUGGACCUCUACAAAAUGUGUUCAAAUCAUGACCCCCAGGGUCAAAAUUGACCCCGCCCCAGUACGGAAUUUCGUUAGGGCCAUCGCCUUUGAAUGUGUUGAUCUGAAACGCGAUACUCGAUAGUACGAUAAUGAAAACGCGAAAUUACGAAACUACGAUAACGAAAACGCGACAACGCGAUGAUGAUAACGCGAUACCACGAUAACGAAAACGCGAUGAUACAAUAGCACGAUGACGAUAAUGCGAUAUACUAUCACGUUUUCACCAUCGUACUGUCGCGUUAUCACCAUCGUGAUAUUGCGUUUUCGUUAUCGUAGUAUCGUACUGUCGCGUUAUCACCAUAUACUGUCGCGUUAUCAUCAUCGUACUGUCGCGUUAUCAUCAUCGUACUAUCGCGUUAUCACCAUCGUACUGUCGCGUUAUCACUAUCGUGUUGUCGCGUUUUAGUUAUCGUAGUUUCGUAUUUUCGCGUUUUCAUUAUCGUACUAUCGAGUAUCGCGUUUCAGAUCAACAAUUUGGAUGAAAUUGGCCAAACACAUACAAAGGCGAUGGCCCUAACGGAAUUCUGUACCCCAGGGGUCACUUGAUUUUACAUAGGAAAAUCUUCAAAAAUUUUAUAAAAAAUAAACCUGAAGGCCUAGAGCUUAGAUAUUUUAAGUGUUGCAUUGCCUAGUGGACCUCUACAAAAUUUAUUCAAAUCAAGACCCCCGGGAUCAAAUUGACCCUGCCCCAUUGGGUUACUUGAUUGUACAUAGAAAAAUCUUCAAAAUUUUUUAAAAAUAAACCAGAAGGCCUAGAGCUUAGAUAUUUCACAUGUAGCAUUGCCUAGUGAACCUCUACAAAAUUUGUUCAAAUCAUGACCCCCAGGGUCAAAAUUGACCCCGCCCCAGGGGUCACUUGAUUUUACAUAGGAAAAUCUUCAAAAAUUUGCUAAAAAUAAACCAGAAGGCCUAGGUCUUAGAUAUUUGACAUGUAGCAUUGCCUAGUAGACUUCUACAAAAUUUAUUCAAAUCAUGACACCCGGGGUCAAAUUAACCCCGCCCCAUGGGGUUACUUGAUUGUACAUAGAAAAAUCUUCAAAAAUUUUCUGAAAAUAAACCAGAAGGUCUACAGCUUAGAUAUUUGACAUGUAGCAUUGCCUAGUAGACCUCUACAAAAUUUACAGUUUGACAUUUGAAACAUGUAGCUCAUAUUACUCUGGUGAGCGAUCCAGGGUCAUCAUGACCCUCUUGUAAUUUAAAAUUCAUCAAAAUGUUGAUGUUUACUCAAUUUCUUUUGAAUGGAUUUAUAUAUUGAAUUCCUUACUAAUAUACAGGUAAGUGAUUAUAAGAUACACGUCAAGUUUAGUUUUGGUUGCAUUUCAUUUUCAGUAUCUCUCGAUAAAUUCAUUUUAAGCUCCAAGUACUAUUUGAUAGCAUUAUGCAUGUAUUUAUAUGAAGUAAACAAUAACUGAACAGCACCAUGAGAAAACUAACAUAAUGCAUUUUCAACCAGCAUGGAUCCAGACCAGCCUGCGCAUCAAUACAAUGUUGUCAGGAUCCAUGCUGUUCACUUUCAAAGCCUAUGGCAAUUAUUAGAGACUGUUAGUGAACAGCAUGGAACCGGACUUGACUGCACGAAUGCGCAGGCUGGUCUGGAUCCAUGCUGAUCACAAAUGUUGGUUUUCUCAUGGUGCGAAUAUUGGAUCAAAAAUUGAACUCUGUACAGAAUCAGAUAUAGGAUUAAAGUAUUGAAUAUA